UAUCAUGUUUGGCACAAUAUUUCUAUUACUUUUCAAAUUAUUUUAUGUAGUAUAUCGAUAUCAAUAUUAUAUUUAUACGCAUUAAUUUAUGCGUCAUGCUUUAAAGACAAAAGACGACGUGAUAUUAGUAUCUACUGAUGUUAGAAAAAGUCUCGUGAUAUUUUAUUAAACAUUACUUUAAUAUUUUUUUUAAUAAAAUAUCCGAAGAAAGAUAAAUAGUAGAGAGAUAUAUUUUAUAAUUAUAUAUAAAUAUUCGUAUGUGUCGCAGUAUACAAGUUGCAGAUCAUCAACUCCUGUUAAUUGUUCUCCAGCAGAGAUAAGUUUAAGAAAAUAAAAUGGCCACCAAAGACAGUAACAUUUCUAAUUGGAAGGAAUUGAUAAGAAAUUUUAUGGUAUUAACUUUUGUAGAGGAAGAACCAAAUAUUGAUACUAUAUCAUCAGAACAAUCUGUUGCACCUUAUUCCGAAAUCAUACAGCAACCUACGCAUUGUAAAAUAAAAGAUGAUUCUAACCUAUAUAUACCUAAUGAUGUAUAUACAGAGAUUAAUAAACUUUUGCAGUGGCCAAUGAACGUAAAGAACAAAAUUCGUAAAAAGUGCAAAAAAAAAAACUAUACUCAUAAUUUUGAUACUACAUACACAAUAGAAUUGUUUAAGAUAGAAGAAAAAAUAUUUACUAUUUCCAAAAUGAUAGAAAUUAUAAUUAUAAAAAGUUUUGAAUUUUCAUGCAUAUGCAAAAAAAAUAAAAUAAGAUAUUGUUUUUUUUGCAAACAAAGUGUACUUAAUAAUUUACAAAGAUUUUAUGAACAUAUACGUUCUUUUAAUCAUGUACAGAAUCUUAAGAAAACGAUAUUAGACCACGAAUGUCUUGAUAUAACAAUAAAGUUUAUGGAGGAAACCAAUAAAUAUUGGAAAUGUCACGAAUGUGAAAUAUUAUUAUUAAAAUAUCACAAAUCCGUGCAUCAACGUGAUAAAAAUAAAAACUAUAAUAAAAUAUUUUUGAAAUGUUAUGAAGAAUCCAAAAAUCAACGUAACCAUCUGAUGAAAGAAUUUGACAACUAUUGGUAUAAUAUUCAAACAUAUGCUUGUGUACCUUGUAAAGUACAAUUUAAAUUCAAAUUAAAUUUUUUAAACCAUAUUCAUACCUCACAUAAUACUGAGCAAGAUAUUAUAUAUGAUUUUUGCAUACCAUGUGCAAUAUUAUGGAUAGUAAAGAAAGAUAAAUGUUGCUAUUCAUUUUCAAUACAUUGUGGUAAUAUUAUGCAUAAAUUUUUAGUAAAUAGUUCAGAUUUUGUAAUUGGAGAAUUACCUUCGCGUGCAAAAGAAUUACUUGAACAUGUGGAAGAGACUACAGAAAACUUAUUUUUAUUAUCAGAGACCAUAUUAAAAUCUGACUUAACAAAGGAAAAAUUGCUAAAACAAUUAACAUCUUUAUUAAGUUCUGUAUUCCCUAGAUUAAAAAUAUAUCCAUUUGGAUCCAGAAUAACAGGCUUAGCCUUUGCAAGUAGUGAUAUAGAUGUAUUCAUUGACUGUGAAGGGGAUGCAUAUGAAUACAAUGAAUGCGAUAAAUUCCCAUCUUUAACAUAUUAUAUGGAUAUUAUCAAAAAAUGUUUACAAAAUGACAAAGAUAUUUGGGAUGUGCAAGAAAUAUUAAAAAAAACUAAAGUACCUAUUAUAAGAUUAAGACAUAGACAAACUGGAUUACAAUGUGAUAUUUCCUUUUCUAAUGGCUUAUCAGUUGAAAAUACUAAAUUAAUUAAAUCCAUUAAUGAAGCAUGUCCAUCAUGUAGAAAAUUAAUUUUAUUUGUUAAAAAGUGGCUAUCUUGCUGUAGUUUACCUGGUCUUAAUUGUAUUACGAACUAUGCUCUUACCUGGCUUGUUAUAUUUUAUUUACAAAUUCAGAAGUUUUUACCAAGCAUUAAUACUUUAAUAAAGCGGAAAAAUAAAUCAAGACGUAUUUCUGGUUGGGAAACUGGAGUCGACCAUGAAAUUCUUGAUGUAGUUGUGAACAAAUCUUUUAUUCAACUACUAAGAGAAUUUUUUAUUUUUUAUGGUCAUUUUAAUUAUAGGGAUUAUGUUAUUUGUCCAUUGAUUGGUGAUACAGUGGAGAAAAAAAAUUUCAUAGAUAUUUUUACAUUACCAGAAGCAAUGGAUCUUUACAUAGAAUAUAUUCAAAAAUCAGUCAAUAAUGAAAGUUUUCGUAUUGAUUCUUCAAUAUGUAUACAAGAUCCAUAUGAGUUAUCACAUAAUUUGACAAAAGCUGUAGCACCUAUAACAUUAAGAGCUUUCAAACAAUAUUGCAAACUGAGUGCAAAUAUUCUGGAUAACAUAUUGUAACCAUAAUAUGAAAUAUGAAAAUAUGUAUCAGUUAAUAUUUCACAUUAUAGAGUAGAUUAUUAUUAGGUAUUAUUUUAUAAGCUAAGUUAUAAUCUUAAAAACAUAAAGAAAAUAAUAUUAAUAGUUAUACAUUCUUAAUAAAUUUUCUUGCAUGCAAAAAGA